AUGUUCAAGUUUGUUGCUAUCUUUGCUGUCUGCAUUUCCUAUGCCACUGCUGGUCUUGUUCACCCCACAGCCUUUGCUGCUGCUCCCGCUGGCGUAGCUUAUGCUAAUGCUCCUUUGUAUGCUGCUGGUGGCAGUCAACAAGUAGAUGUUCGUCAAAAUUAUGAUGGCACUUUUUCCUCUUACACCACCAAUCCUUUCGGUUUUGCUGCUCCUUACUCUAGCCGUUAUGUAGCCGGUGCUCCAGCCACUUUUGCUGCUCCUGCCAAAUAUGUUAGCCCCGCUGGUGUAGCUACUCUUUUUGCUGCUGCUCCUGCUGGUUUUGCUGCUGCUUCUCCUUAUGCUUCACCUUAUGCUUCUCCCUAUGCUGCCCAUUUGGCAGCUGCUGCUUAUAAUGCUUAUGCCAAUGCCUAUGCUGCAUCUCCUGUCUCAGCUCCAGUUGCUUAAGAUCAUUAUCAGGUCUCUUGUACAAUAUGUAAAUAAUUAUG